GGAAGAUUAGGGUUCUUGGGUUAGAGGGCGCUUGGCUGGAGGAGAGAGGCUGCGCGUAGAAUCGAAGAUGAAAGAAGAGUUUCGGUGCUUCAUCGGCGGCCUGUCGUGGAGCACGACCGAUCGCAGCUUGGAGACGGCGUUCCGGCCCUAUGGAUCCAUCAUCGAAGCCAAGGUGGUGUUUGAUCGCGAAACCAACCGGUCCCGGGGCUUCGGCUUCGUGACUUUCGAAGACGAAGAGUCGAUGGAGAAUGCCAUCCGGAAGAUGCACAACCAGGAGCUGGAAGGCCGCUCCAUCACCGUGAGCAAGGCCGAGCCGCCAAGGAGUGGUGGUGGCGGCGGCGGCGGAGGAGGAGGAGGCCGAGACCGCGGCGAUCGCUACGACCGAGACCGAGAAAGAGGCGGCGGUGGUGGCGGUGGAGGAGCUAGCGGGAACUGCUUCAAGUGUGGAAACAAAGGCCACUGGGCUCGAGACUGUCCAGAGAACGGUGGCGGCGGCGGCGGCGGCGGCGGCGGUAGAGACAGGUAUGGAAGUGAUAGAUAUGGUAGCGACCGCGGAGACAGGUAUGGCGAUGGUAGCCGAGGCAGCGGCGGCCGCUACACUGGUGGCGGUGGUGGUGGCGGCGACCGAGGUGGCGACCGCUAUGGUUCCCGGGACAGUGGCCGGAGGUCCGGACCGUAUGAUCGCCCCUCGAACAGGUCCUCGAAUGGAGGCAGCCGAGACGAUCGCUACUGACACCAUGGAAAGAAGAGAGAACUCACGAUGAUCUUGUUCGUCUUUGUUAAAUACUUCACUUUCUUGGAAGAUAUUUUC